AUGCUGAAAUGCGAUAUCCACAGCUACAGUAAUGAUCAUUUGGAAUUUGUCAAGAGAUACCAGGUAACUUCCCGUGCCACGUCCCGUAAUCUCCAAGUUCAACACGAGUUUGGACCUCCUUUUUUUCGAUACUACAAGGUGGGACUCGUUGGAAGGUGGUACUGUAGUGGUUUCACUUUGACUGGCCUGUCCUUCUUCCAAUUCCUAAAUACUGAAUAUGGAUCCUCGUCCAUGGGCGUUGCAUUGGAUUGGGCAUGA